CACAGACUAAAAAUUCCUAGUCAAACUUUACCUGCUUCAAUCGGCAGUCCGAUUUCCCGAUAUUUGUAACAAAUUCUCAGUAUUUCCUUCCAAACUGAAAUAAUCGUAAAAAUGGCGAAGUGUCAGAUCUGGUUCUCGUUCGCCGCGUUGGCCUUGAUUCUUUCAGCGGCUGUGGCCGACGAUGUUGUUGUGUUGACGGAGGACAACUUCGAGAAAGAGGUUGGCCAAGAUAGAGGAGCUCUGGUUGAGUUCUAUGCUCCUUGGUGUGGGCACUGUAAGAAGCUUGCGCCAGAGUAUGAAAAGCUUGGAAACAGCUUUAAGAAAGCCAAAUCUGUUUUGAUCGGAAAGGUUGACUGUGAUGAGCACAAGGGCGUAUGCAGCAAAUAUGGAGUCUCUGGGUACCCAACAAUUCAAUGGUUCCCCAAGGAAUCGCUCGAACCGAAAAAGUAUGAAGGUCAACGUACAGCAGAAGCCCUUGCCGAAUUUGUCAACAGUGAAGCAGGAACCAAUGUGAAGAUAGCUUCAAUUCCAUCCAGUGUUGUAGUUCUUUCACCUGAUAAUUUCAAUGAGAUUGUUCUAGAUGCAAAUAAGGAUGUGCUGGUUGAGUAUUACGCACCCUGGUGUGGCCACUGCAAGACCCUUGCUCCGAUAUAUGAAAAGGUGGGAACGGCAUUUAAAUUGGAAGAUGGCGUAGUAAUUGCUAACUUAGAUGCUGACAAAUAUCGUGAUCUAGCUGGAAAGUAUGGCAUAAGUGGUUUCCCUACAUUAAAAUUCUUCCCUAAAGACAACAAGGAUGGUGAAGACUACGACGGUGGCAGAGAUGUUGAUGACUUUGUUAAUUUCAUUAAUUUAAAGAGUGGGACCAAUCGUGACUCCAAGGGUCAGCUUACAGUAAAUGCUGGUCUAGUUGCUAGUUUAGAAUCAUUGGUGAAGGAGUUCAUAGCUGCUAGCAAUGGAGAGAAAAAGAAUGUUGUUGCCAAGAUGGAAGAGGAAGCUGGAAAGCUUAGUGGAUCUGAUGCAAGGCAUGGAAAGAUAUACGUGAAAUCUGCUAAAAAGUGUCUGGAGAAAGGUGAUGGUUAUGCUAAGUCUGAGAUUGAGAGGAUUCAGCGCAUCCUCGAUAAGUCGGUAAGCCCAGCGAAAGCAGACCAGUUCACCUUGAAGAGAAACAUUCUAUCAAGUUUUGUUCAAUCUUCUUCUUAACUUGAUCUAAGUUUACUUACGAAGCAAACUCUCACAUGGCACUUCAUAUUUUUUUUUUGUAGUUUUGUUGGCCUCUGAGUUAAUUAUUGAAUAGAGCUCUGUUUUGUUUUCAUUCA